UGCUGGGCUUCCGCCGGCCGCCGCCACCAAAGUCACGCCGAAGAAGAACCGCGUUAGGGCUUCCUCCCCCGCCGCCGGCGAGAGUGGGCUUUGACUCCCCUCGGAGCCGCCUCCUCUUCGUCUCAUCUCCCCGCGGCCUUGUUCAUCCCCUUCUACGAGCCUUAGCGCCGCACCGCAGGUUCCAGCUCGGUGGCUGGAGUUUAAUUUUUAUUUGUUCUCCAUGGCGCUUCGGUUCGAGGUAUUAGGAAGAUUCAAUCGUGCUCGUGCAGCUCGAUUAACACUACCCCACUUUACUUGUCAGACACCACUGUUUAUGCCUGUUGGAACUCAAGGUACAAUAAAAGGCCUGACUACUGACCAGUUAGAGGAAAUAGGUUGCCAGAUUAUACUUGGAAACACCUACCACCUUGAACUUCGUCCAGGUUCUCAACUUAUUGACGACUUGGGUGGCCUUCACAAAUUUAUGAAUUGGAAAAGGGCGUUGCUGACUGACUCUGGUGGUUUCCAAAUGGUUUCUUUGCUACAUUUGGCUGACAUUACUGAGGAAGGAGUUACAUUUCAGUCACCUGUUGAUGGGAAGCCCAUGCUCUUGACACCUGAGGAAUCUAUCCAUAUUCAGAACAACAUUGGAGCUGAUAUAAUAAUGGCUCUUGAUGAUGUUGUGAAGACCACAAUUACUGGCCCAAGGAUAGAGGAAGCUAUGUAUCGUACCCUUCGUUGGAUUGAUAGGUGCAUUGCUGCUCAUAAGAAACCUGAUGUCCAGAACUUAUUUGGGAUUGUACAAGGAGGAUUAGAUCCAGUUCUUAGAGAUAUCUGCGUGAAGGGCUUGGUUGAGCGGAACCUUCCAGGAUAUGCCAUUGGUGGUCUUGCAGGUGGUGAAGAUAAAGACUCGUUCUGGCGUGUUGUUGCCCAGUGCACUGCUGGACUGCCUGAAGAUAAACCACGAUAUGUUAUGGGUGUUGGCUAUCCACUUGAUAUUGUAGUAUGUAGUGCUUUGGGUGCAGACAUGUAUGACUGUGUUUAUCCAACUCGUACUGCUCGCUUUGGGACUGCACUUGUUCCUGAGGGUGUUCUGAAGUUGAAACAAAACGCAAUGGCAACUGAUGAACGACCGAUAGAUCCGACCUGUCCAUGUAUGGUCUGCAAAAACUAUACACGUGCUUACUUGCAUUGUCUUGUCACAAAAGAUGCUAUGGGUUCCCAACUGCUGUCGUAUCACAAUCUAUCAUUUAUGAUGCGGUUAAGUAGAGACCUCCACAUGUCAAUUCUGGAAGGACGAUUCCCAGAAUUCGUGCGAGGAUUCUUGAGGAUGCAGUUCCCAAAGGGCGAUGUUCCGAAGUGGGUUCGCAACGCAAUGGUUGUUGCUGGCAUUGACAUAUCGGAGUGCUGCACCCCCGCGAAGUAUCCUCGUGAUGCAAUGGAUGCUCCGGGUACUGACAUACCUGAGCUCUUGCCUCCUACCAAGUGCUCCUGAGGCAGAGAACCAAGAAUUAAGGGACUAACCUUAUAACUGUUUACCACGACACGCGCGAUUGGAGUGCUGUCGCAUGAAGGUGAUCCCACUUCUUUAACAAAGUCAAGUUUUCACAAGAAUCUUAUUGGUCAUCAACUCAUCAUAGGUGUAGGCCUCACUGCUUCAUCAGCAUAUAAUUUUCCAACAGUAUAUGCUGAAUAUAGCUGAUUGGAUUUUGAACUUUUGAUAAUUACAAAGGUUUUUGUACUCCUAUCUUUUGGAACCAUAGGGUUAUUAUGCGGAUUGAUGCAUGAAUAUCAGAAUAUGCAUCAUGUCGUCUGUAGUGUAAGCUGUUGCAAAAUGAUUUCUACUGGUUUUAAUGUAGAAGCAUUAUCUACUCAUUUUGUUAACGAAGAACAUUCUAUUCCAUACAAGAUGGCAUCUCUUCUUCCUA